AUGUCGCAGAUGGAAAUUGAAUGGAAGAAUAUGGGCAAACAGGGGUAUAUGUCCGGACCAGUGAGAAUACGUUUAUUUUUAGUUGGGAUUUUCCAUCUGACCUAUGACGCAAUUGGGGUUACACUCAGAAUUUAUGAUGAGGAUGCAACCGAUAGAGAAUUGACAGAUUUAAUGCAAGAAAUGGAAGUGAUGAAAUUAAUAGGAUGCCAUGAAAAUAUCAUUAAUUUCCUGGGAUGUUGUACACAAAAUGGGCCAUUAUAUGUAUUGGUUGAACUUGCUCCACAUGGUAACAUGCGAGACUACUUGAGAUCAAGAAGACCACAUAAUUCUGCAGGAUACAAAAAGCAAGAUUUAGAAAAAGGCUCAUUCAAACCAUUAACAGAAAAAGACUUGAUAUCAUAUGCCUACCAGAUAGCCAGAGGAAUGGAAUACCUGGCAUAUAGAAAGUGUAUUCACAGAGAUUUAGCUGCAAGAAAUGUGUUAGUUGCUGAAGAUGUCCUAAAAAUUGCAGAUUUUGGUUUGACCAGAAAUCUUACCAAUGUGGAUUAUUACAGAAAGACUGGAGAUGGUCGACUACCUGUGAAAUGGAUGGCUCCAGAGGCAUUAUUUGACAGAAAAUAUACUUCCAAGAGUGAUGUUUGGUCCUAUGGAGUAUUGUUGUGGGAGAUAUUUACACUCGGAGGGAAUCCUUAUCCAUCUGUACCUGUGGAAAGAUUAUUUGAACUUUUAAAAGAAGGUCAUAGAAUGGGCAGACCUCCAUAUGCUUCAGAAAUAAUUAAUAAAACGAUGCAGUCCUGUUGGCAUGAGAAUCCAUCAGGGCGACCAUCUUUCAAUAACCUUGUUAUUGAUUUUAAUCAAAUGUUGACCUCUAUGGACAACAGAGGUGAAGAAUAUCCAAAUCUAGAUGAAUGUAACAGUAUACAUCCCAUCAUAUCAUCAUGAUCAUAGUCUCUCUCAUGUACGAGGCAUUCACUGACAACUGUGUUUUAUACUAAUAGGCAGUGAUUGUUUCAUUAUCUCAAUCAUCUAGAUCAUCUUCCACAUAUUGAAUUAAACUUGACUUAAUUGUUCAAAUAAAACAACCAUGCAUCUUAUUCAAUCUCAUGUUUUUACAACAAGUGCUAUAUAGUGAUCAAAAAAAAAGUUUUUGUUGCUCUAAUGUGCAACCUCAUUGACACCAAAGACAAAGAAAUAAUACUAGUAUUAGAAAUCCAGUGUCUGUGAUUUUUUUUGUGAUUUGUGUUGACAAGGAUAAAUAUGUUUAAUCAUGUAAAGUACAGGAACUUAUUUCAAAUGGAAAUGUCCAAAGUUUUUGAUGGGAAUUUAUAUCAAUUGUGACGAAAAUGCGUUCAAAUGACGACAAACGAACUUCAAAUUGUGAUCUUUUGAGAAAUAAUGAAAUUCAAAUGCGAACUGUCCGGGAGUAUUAAACAAAUUAUUUAGAUCAAAUGACGAAACUAUACGUCUGGUUGUUGAAAUGCCAACUGACUAAUUUUACAGCAAAAAUGUUGUUUUAUAGUUAUGAUCUGUAAAAUUUUCAUCAUUUUUCCACAUUUUCUAUAUUAAAUUUUACAACAAAAUUAAGCUAACAAUACACAGGAUUGUCAAUAUAGUUUUUUCUGUUUUAUCAUUCUGAAAGUAGAAAUUAUGCAGGCACAAUACUGUUUUUUAUUGGCUCAUGCUUUGCAACAUUAUACACUAUUUUAUAUAUGAUUUUGGUUAUACUGUUGAAUUACUUGAGUAUACAUUUCAAUGAAUACAAAUUUUGAUUAUUUAGAAGAAUGAAAAUAAGUAGAACUUGGACCUGUGUAUGCAAAAAAAUGAACGCUCUAAUUGAAAAAGAUAAUUAAGUUUAAAAUACAAUUUAAGACAUAUAACACUUGGAAAAAAUGAUGUGCAAAUAUAAAAUAGAAGAUGUGGUAUGAUUGCCAAUGAGACAACUAUCCACAAAAGACCAAAAUGACACAAACAUUAACAAUUAUAGGUCACCGCAUGGCCUUCAACAAUGAGCAAAGCCCAUACCGCAUAGUCAGCUAUAAAAGGCCCUGAUAAGAAAAUGUAAAACAAUUCAAACGAGAAAACUAACGGCCUUAUUAGGAAUGAUGAAUCAAACAAAACAAAAACAGCCUGUGUCAAAUGGGUACAAAUCAUGCAAUGGAACAAAGUAUUAAUGUAAUCAUGAUACAAAUUAUGGACCACUUGGUGUAUAUAACGUGACGGUACCCAAAUUGCACCUAUUUUGACAGUUUUUUCACCUACGUUUUUUUAUGAUAAAGACAAAAAUUUCCAUUCUGUGUUUAUUUUGUAGCCGUAUCCUUCUUUAUUAUAGAAGUACACCAAUUUCAUUUUUAAUCCAUAUGGAAUCAUAGAAAAAUUGGUCUAAACUGACCUCCAAACCAUCAAUGAUUCUGAAAUGAGGAGUACCCAAACUGCAUCCAUGCUUAAAUUCGCACUGUCAAAAUUCUAAUAACAGAGCUUUUUUUUAAUUUCUUCAAAUAUUUUGAACAAUUGGAUAUUUGUCAAUGUUUACUCUUUAUUUUUUUUUAAAUGGAUACUUGUAACAUAUUGUAUUUGAUCAUUUUAAAAAGAUGACGUUUUGAUGACGUCGCAUGGUGACGUUUCAGUACAUUUUGCUUUUUUAGUAAACACUUCACCUGUUGAUAAAUACUGUGAACGUUUUGUGCAUAUCUAAAUAGUUUUACCUAUGUUGAAAGAUGUGCAUAGUAUCAAAUCAUAAAAAUACAAAUAGUUUACGGUCUCUAGGAAAUCUUGGUAGAUUAUUUUUACUAUUUUGGCUUAAUAGGUGCAAUUUGGGUACUCGGUGCAAUUUGGUUACUGUUACGUCAUAUAUAUAUGACCAGUAUGUAUUAUUAUGUUGAUGCAGUAUAUUUACAAUUAGUAAAUUUUAUGAUUCUGAAGUACAGUGUUUAUUUUUAGACUUGACAAUCAAAUAAUGUAAAUGUUUUCUAUUUGUGUUCAUUGUUAAAUUUUGGCCAGGUGAUGCCAUCUGUUACUUACAUUUUAUUUCACUUGUUAAAACCUUAUGUAUCAAUGUUGAUCCUCUUUCAUGGUUUUUGUUGAGCCUGCGACUUUUGUCGUUGGUUGCAGUGUCCACAAAUAUUCACUUUGGGGUUAAAGAUUUUAAAAUUUCAAUAACUUUUCUUUAACUAUCCUGUAUUUCUACCAAAUUUGUUUAAACUUUGCAAUUUUGAAUUUUAUGCAGUCAUGUUAAAACUGGGUUACUUCAAAGAAAAAGAGGGAAACAUGCUCUUAUGCAUAUAAGUUGAUGUAUUUGUGCCUGUACUACAGUCUUUACCAUGCCCAACUUUCUGGUUCACUUUGGUUUAGUAUAAUUUUGAUUAUUUUUGUCAAAUAAGCUUUGACUGUGUAAAUUUUCAUUUAAAUUCAUACAUGUGUACAUAUUAAAGAAUCAUAGCAGAUGCAGUUUAGCAAGAGGAAAUGAGAAGUUUAAGGUAAAUGAAAUGUGUUUAAGACAACCUUAUGCUAAGCUUUUAUCCACACACGGUACCAAUAAUAGCCAAUUGCCUAAGGUUGCUAAAUUGACCCGAAUCCCCAGGUGGUAAAAGGUGGGACUAUUUUAUUGAGUUCCAAAGUUAUGGUAGGGUGAAACAACCUCCUUUAUUCUGCAAUGCAUAAAAAAAAAUCCCCUCGGGAAAGGUUUUGUCCACACUUAGUACAAAUGAUGGGACCAAGGCGGGUAAGGUUUUAUAAGGUUUAAAGUUUGGGUAGUGUUACCACCUCCCACCUUUAAUUUAUCAAAAAUUCCCUAUGGCACAGCUUUGUCAACAAUAAGUACAAAUGAUAGGGAAUUACCUAAGGUUGUUUGGACCCAACGACCAAGAUGGGUAAAGUGUUUUAACUUUUUUAUACGACCGCAAAAAUUUUAAUUUUUUGGUCGUAUAUUGGUAUCACGUUGGCGUUGUCGUCGUCGUCCAAAUACUUUUGGUUUUCGCACUAUAACUUUAGUUUAAGUAAAUAGAAAUCUAUUCUAUGCAAUUUAAACAGCAAGACCAUAAAAGGAAGGUUUGGAUUGAUUUUGUAAGUUUUGGUCCCAACAGUUUAGGAAUUAGGGGCCAAAAAGGGCCCAAAUAAGCAUUUUCUUAGUUUUCGCACUAUAACUUUAGUUUAAGUAAAUAGAAAUCUAUGAAAUUUUGACACAAAGUUUAUGACCACAAAAGGCAGGUUGGGAUUGAUUUUGGGAGUUGAUUGAGGUGCCAAUUUGGGGUAGGGUGACCCUACCACUUCCCCUCUUUAAUUUAUAAAAAAAAUCCCUGCGGCAAAGGUUUUGUCCUCAUAAGGUACUUGUACAACUGGUAGGUUAUUGCCUGGACCUAUAAACCCAGGUGAGUUAAGCUAUGGAAAUAUUUUGAUUGAGGUCCCAAGUUAAAAGAAUACAUGUCAGUUUUCAAAUCCCAUGUACAGAAUAAGGAUAAAUCAUGGAUAUCUAAAAAAGAGGGACGAAAGAUACCAGAGGGACAGUCAAAAUGCCAACUAGGUUCAGGUUUUGCUUUUCUUAUUUUAAAUGCUUCAUGGGAAUAUAAUAUACAGCAUUUUUAUAUUUAGAGAGCUUAUAUUCUUCUGCAUUUUUUAAUCUCCUCUAUAAAUAAAACUAACCUUUGAAGUACAUUAUCAUAACAUUAAAAUAAAUUGCAAAAAAUACCAAGUGGUCCAAAACAAGAUAUUUAUAAAUAUCUUCGAAGUUGGGAUUGAGAACUUUGUUUUCCUAAAACAUAUCUUUUUUGCAGUUAAGCAAGGUACUUAAAUUGAAGAAAAUACAGUUCUAAAAUUAACAUUGUUGACCUCAAGUAAAAAUUGAAUGUAUAGUAAAAAAAACCAAUAGAGCUGAAAAACGCUCAGUGGUCAAUUGUGUGAUUGAACAGUAUUGAACAUUUAUUGAACAUGUAAACAUUUUGAGAUGAACAGUUUUCGAAUGAUUUAAUGUAUUGUUAUUCUUAUCUGUUAUUGAUUAUAGUAUCUAAUAAAAAAAAAUAUAAAUCUUU